UUUGGUUUUUUCAAUUUUCUUGGAUUUGUUUUUUCGAAUAUCUUUCAUGACUGAUUCGACUUCUCGGAUGGCGCUCGUGCAGCCGAGGCUGUUGCUGGGACUGCUAGUUCUACACGUUCUGCUUGGGCUGCUAGUGAUGGAAGCGUCGGCGGCGUACAGAGGGACUUCGUUUUUACCGACCGCAACCGAUACAAUCGUGAGAGCUGCAGGAACAGGCAAAUCAACUGGUAGCGGCAACCAACUCGCCAUCGCAACAUGUCCGGCUGGCAAAAGCAUCAUUUGGGGCUUCAAAUGGUCGUGGUCGACUGAUCUAGAAAGUUUACCAUCAUGCUUCGCAGACAAUAACGGGGCGUGCACUAUUGGCGAUACCAGUUGCUCGAGUUCUGAAUGCUCAAAGAGUGGAGCUGCUACCAAACAGUACGUCAUCAUUGUUUGUCGAACGGGCGCUGCCAUCACCGGGUUGACGCAGCAGACAGCUUAUGGUACUGGGCCGGAAACCGCCUCCUGUCCUGCUAGCACCGUCAUUGCUUAUGGGUUUUCCUUCUACAUGAGCGACGGACUGCGUGACACCAACUGUCUCUACAACAACAAGGUCUGCGAUCUGGGUCAGCAAUCCUGUUCAACUACAGCCUGUGACACAAAUUAUUGUGGUAGUGGAGCGGACCCGGCUUACGAGUAUUCGUUCAUCUACCUCCUGUGCAUGCCAUCCGCAGCAGUAACAUUGAGCUCUGGAGAUUUCGUGUCGAAGACAGGAACAUCGAGCGCUGAUAGCGUUGCUUGCCCGGACACUUCCAAUUACAAAAUCAAGUUUGGCGUGUCAAUGCAUGAAACGGGUUAUGAUUUCAACCAAAAUCCGUCCGACUGCUUAACGACAAACAAUCAAGCUGCUACGUACAACAGCGACAUUCUUAAUCAUGUCGCUUGUGACACGACCAGCAAUUCUUGCAGCAACGACCAGUUCUUCCUGCACGCAAUUUGCGUGGACGUCAGCGCACCUUCCACGCCCUCCAUCACUUCACCGACCCAAAAUCAGGUUUUUCGGACGAACUCGGUCGCAUGGACUUUUACGGCGGCGACCGAUGCCCAGUCCGGCAUUGACCACUACGAGUGCCAGUUUUCGUCUGGUGGUGGAUGGACGACUUGCACUUCCAAUCAAGUCUCGACCUUAAAUGUGGGAACCUACUCUUUUCAAGUUCGCGCUGUCAACGGAGCGGGCCUGCCAUCAUCAGCCAGCUCCUCGCGCGCAUUCUCGGUUGCAUGCUCCUUGGAGUGCGCCACUUGCAGUCCAUCCAAUGUGAAUGUGUGCCAAUCGUGUGCCUCCGGAUCCUACUUGUCUGGAACAUCGUGCGUCUCGACCUGCCCUGAACCAAACUGGGGCAAGCCUGACGGCACCUGUGGCGAUUCCUGUCCUGCGAACAAGUAUGGAGACAUACACCAAAGUCGUGCGUGUGUUUCAACUUGCACGAAUUUUGCGCCAGCGAAUGCAUCGCCGAGCACAAGAGUGUGCGUUGACCAAUGUCCUAGCCCAUAUUAUGGCGAUUCGGUCAACCACCUUUGUGUUGCAAGCUGUCCUGCUCCCAAUUAUUUUGGUGACGCUUCUCGCAGCUGUGUCACACCCUGCCCCGAUGGACUGUACGGAAACCCCUUGAGUUUGCCUCGUGUUUGCGUUUCAACUUGCACAGGCGGGUACUAUGCCGAUUCCGGCAACCACCUUUGUGUUGAAAGCUGUCCUGCUCCCAACUAUUUUGGUGAUGCUUCUCGAAACUGUGUCACACCCUGCCCCGAUGGAACGUACGGAAACCCCUUGAGUUCUCCUCGUGUUUGCGCAUCAGCUUGCACAGGCGGGUACUAUGCCGAGCCAAUCAGCAAGGUUUGUGUCCAGACUUGUCCUGCUGGGACUUAUGGCGACGGUCUGCGGACUCCGCCGUCGUGCUCGGCGAGCUGUACUAGUGGCACCUUGAAAGAUGAUGCAUCCCACAGUUGUGUUAGACACUGCCCCGCCAACUCGUGGGCGGACUCUCCGACUGGCACCUGUGCUUCGAGCUGUUCCUCGGGACUUUUCAAACAAAAUUCAACUUGGACGUGCGUGACUGCAUGUGAUGGGAGCCUCUUUGCAGAUCCUACCAGCGGAUCGUGCGUUGUGUCAUGUCUGUCGCCGACGUACGCAAAUUCUCUUGCUACCCCGCCAUCGUGCUCGGCGAGCUGCACUGGUGGACGCUUCAAAGAUGACAGCACUCGACAAUGUGUUGCGAAUUGCCCAGCCAACUCGUGGGCGGAUCCCUCAACUAGCAGCUGUGCAGCAACCUGCUCCGCCGGGUUUGCGCACAAUGCCACCUGGUCUUGCGUCAACACUUGCACUGUCGGCUAUGCCGACAACUCGACUCAGUCGUGCGUGACUAGUUGCCCAAGCGGCACUUUUGCUUUGAAGCCGUCUCAUUCUUGCGUCGCUGCGUGCCCAUCUGGCUACAAAGCCUCCAACUCCACGAACUCGUGUGAUGACGGCUCUUCUGGCGCUCAAGGCAAUGGUGGCAGUAGCCCUGUUGCCGCAGCAGCUGGCGCCGCAGCAGCAGGCGUCGUCGUUCUGAUUGCGAUCGUGGUCGUGGUUGUACUUCUGCGUCGAAGCAAGCGAAGCCACGGCAACCACAAGAUGGAAAGCACUUCCGCUACUAUCGAAAUGACCAACCCGAACUUUGCUCCGGGCCACGAUCCAGUCUACGAUGUUGCUGUUCAAACCAAGCAAAAGAGCUCUUAUCCUGCCUCGACAGCCUACUCCACCCCAGCUGACUACGCACUGCCGCUCAAACCAAACCCCAGCGAUCCCGAGUAUGCCGCGGUCGGAGGAUUGCCGUAUUCCACGCCGUCAACUGAGUACAGCCUUGCAGUGGUCUCAACAUCUGCAAUGCUGUCAUCGCAGAUAGCCACUGGCGAGCGCAAGCUGCUCGGACGAGGCGCCUUUGGAGAAGUGUUUUCCGCGAACGUGUCCAUUGCCCUCAUUGCUCCCCAGCAUCGCCACCUGUUUGCCCCUGGCGCGCAGACGGUCGAUGUCGCAGUCAAGACUCUGCAAUUGGAUGCCAAUGUUCGGGCGGAGCAAGACUUUGUGCACGAGGCCGAGCUCUUGCGCAGGCUGAACCACACCAACAUUGUCAAUGUCCUCGCGGUGCUCCCAGCCGGACGAGGUCAGCCGCAAAUGCUCGUUCUGGAGUAUGUGCCGUAUGGUGAUCUCCGCAACCUGCUCCGGAAAUCGGCAAAGAGCGGUGUCGUCUGGUCGCCAGACGAGUAUGUGCAUGUGGCCACCGGUGUUGCCGAAGGCAUGGCUUACUUGGAGCAAUCGCGCGUGCUUCAUCGUGAUUUGGCCGCACGGAAUAUCCUUGUUGGCGAGCAUCUGGUCGCCAAGAUUGCCGACUUUGGCUUAUCCAGGGAGCUGAACGACAAGGACUAUUACAAGUUGCAGUCGAAGCAGAAGCUGCCGAUUCGCUGGAUGGCGCCCGAAACACUCAACUACCGCAAGUUCUCGAGCCAAUCGGAUGUAUUUUCGUAUGGCGUUGUGCUUUGGGAGCUCUUUACAAUGGGCCAAGCACCCUGGGCGAAUGUCGAACGCGAGCAGUACCUUGUGGGUCUGGAGCGCGGCGAUCGUUUGCCGCAACCUCGGGACUGUCCUGCGCAACUCUACUCGCUGAUGUUGACGACCUGGGAAUGGGAACCCUCUGCCCGCCCUUCGUUUGCCGACUGCGUGCUGUUGCUUCAGCAGGGACGUUCGCCAAGCGGCACAGUUCGCGAUUUGGGGGCUUUGGUGCAUUGAUUUGUCGGUGCAAGUUUGUUGGCGCGUUGGCAAUGACCAGUUUGUGUUUCUCGAUGAAUGGAAUCCCUUUUAACUUGAAACUCAAGCAGACACUCUUUUCCCGUGCUCUGCAAGGUCACCUCAACUGGAGCGCUGCAGCUUUCCAUCCGUUUUCUUUGUGGUCGUCGUCGUCGUCGUCGUCGUUUUGCCAUCCUUUGCGAAUGUGCAGCUUUUACUUGCCUUGAAUAGCAUUUUAUUGUGUCGUGAUUGUCAUUUUUGCGCUCGAAUCGUAUCGUCGUCGUUUCUCCAUAAAUCUAUAAAUCUGAGAUUCUCAC